AACUCUGUCAGUAAUUAUUUGUUUCUGCAUUCUCGCGCACGAUGUCCUCGUGUGCGAAUAUCGAAGUAAGAAGAACGAGGUUGAAUAUUCUAAGAAGUUGUAGUAUCUAAUUUAUUCCGUAUACUGUAAUAACUAUAUCUUUCAUAAAGGCAAGAAAAAAUAAGAGAGAAAGGGAAAUUAAAACGAUUAAAAGUCGACGUUUUCAUUUCAAAUAAUUUUCAAGCGUUUGAAAGUAAAGAUCAAUCGGGAUUCGAAUGUUUAAAACAAAACAAAAUAAAAUAAAAUAAAAAUUAAGAAAGAAAAAAAUGGUGUGUAUCGCAAAAAUUCAAGUGAAUCGAUAUUGUUAUAAAAUUAAUUUUUAUCGAAUUUAGUACAAUGAAUUACGAGAAGAAUAUUUGUAGCGUUAAGAUAAAUUAAAAUAUAUUUUUAUCAAGAUGGGAAAGUUAGUGUCGGACGAGAUACACAAUAUUUCUUUUUUAGAGUACAAGCGGUUUUGUUAAUGAAGGUUUUCAAUUGGAAAAUAUCGAAUUAGAGGAUAAAAAGAGUAGUGCUACUAAUCAGAAGGUUGAUGAUUGUUCUAAUGAUCUAGAAAAAAAUACCAUUGAUAUUCAUAAUACGAUCGAAGUUCAAAGAGAAGCAUGGGGUGGUGGAUUAGAUUUUUUAAUGGCUUGCAUAGCUACAUCGGUUGGCCUUGGAAACGUUUGGAGAUUUCCAUUCACUGCAUAUGAAAAUGGUGGUGGUGCAUUUUUGAUACCUUAUAUUAUCGUUUUAUUGUUUGUCGGCAAACCGUUUUAUUAUUUGGAAGGAUUAUUGGGCCAGUUCACGAACAAAUCUUGCGCGAAGACAUGGGAGAUGGUACCAGCUAUGAAAGGAUUAGGAUAUGGGCAAGCUUUCGCAGCAUUCGCCGUAGUGUCGUAUUAUUCCAGCUUGAUGGCCUUGACUAUUUAUUACUUGGUAGCAAGUUUUCAAUCGGAAUUACCUUGGUCAUUUUGCCGUGACGAAUGGCAAGGACAAUGUAUCGACGCAUUUUCUAACGGUAGUACAUCGAUCAAUGAAACCAUUACAGUUCAAAGUUCAGCGGAAUUAUAUUUCAGAAGAAUCGUUCUAAAAGAAUACGACAGCAUAGAAAAUGGUAUUGGGAUACCUUCAUGGGAACUUUCGAUCUGUUUAUUCGUCAGUUGGUUUUGUAUAUUCGGUGUACUUUGUCGUGGCAUUAAAAGUACAGGAAAAGCUGUGUACUUUUUAGCAAUUUUUCCAUAUAUAGUGAUGAUAGUAUUAUUGGUAAGAUCAGUGACGCUUGAAGGUGCCAUGGAUGGAAUUUUAUUCUUCGUUACACCAAAAUGGGAUAUGUUGUGGAAUCCAAACGUUUGGUAUUCAGCUAUAACUCAGUGUUUUUUUUCCUUGUCCGUUUGCUUUGGGCCAAUAUUGACUUAUUCGUCGUACAAUACUUUUGGUCAUAGUGUUAACAGGGACGUGAUGAUAGUAACUACAUUAGACACAUUUACCAGUCUAAUCUCUGGCUGUACAAUUUUUGGUAUUCUUGGAAACUUAGCCCAUGAAAUGGGUGUUAAUGACAUAUCCAAAGUAGUAAAAGGUGGAACUGGUCUGGCAUUUAUAUCUUAUCCAGAAGCUUUGACUAGAUUCGACGUUGUACCACAAGUUUUCGCAGUCUUUUUCUUCAUCAUGAUGUUUGUCCUUGGUACUGGAAGUGCCGUUGCUCUAUGCGGCGCCGUAUUUUCUAUACUUAGCGAUCAUUUCCCAAAAGUACGCCAAUGGGUCUUGGUUUUAAUUCUCAGUAUCGUUGGCUAUUGUAUCGGCCUUGUAUACAUCACUCCGGGUGGACAGUGGUUCGUUACUUUGGUCGAUUACUAUGGUGGAACGCUCGUUGCUAUUAUCAUCGGUGUUCUUGAAAUGAUCACAAUUUUUUGGAUUUAUGGUUUAUCAAAUUUUUUAAAUGACAUUGAGUUUAUGUUAGGAAAAAAACCAACUUUUUAUUGGCGAAUGUGCUGGUCAAUUAUUACUCCAGUAUUAAUGAUCGUUAUAUUACUUUACACGAUCAUUUCUUAUCAGCCACCAACUUACGAUGGCAUGAAUUUUCCAAAUUAUGCUUAUGGUAUCGGAUGGUUCCUAGUAUUCAUUGGUUUCAGUUUAAUAGUAGCAUGGUUCAUUUAUGAAUUAAUACACAACAUGUCAACGUCAAUCAGUGAAACGCUGAAAGCAGCUUUAAGACCUUCAGAAAAAAAGUGGGGACCCAAUGAUCCUGCGACGAGAAUAAAAUGGCAAGAUUUCAUUUUUGAAAAAAAAUUUCUACCUUCGAAAAGUCUAAUCGAAAAAUACUUUAAAUAAUACAUAUAUGAAUUAGAUUAAGAUAUGAAUAUGUUUAUAAGAUAUAAGAUGUGAAUAGUGAAAUAAUGCGUUAUUAAUUUUGCUCAUAUUGAGUUUUACGUAUUACUUAAAAUAAUAAGAAACAUGAUUGUUCAUUUAAAUAAUCGAAUAUAAAAGACAAGUGAUUGUACGUGUGAUUCUAUGAGUGAUUAUACAAGUGAUUUCUUUUCAA